AUGUUAAAGGUGGCGAAUCCAAGAGAUAAAGUUAUUAAAAGGGAACUCGAUGAUCCCACAUUGUCAAGUGAAAUGGUAUUUCCUUUUCCUGGUAUGAAUAGAGAUAGAGAAAUGUCUGCUAUGAUCUCUGCUCUCACUCAUAUCGUCUCUGGAGAUGUUCCGAACCAAAGCACUCCAGUUGAACCAAGUAUGAUCAAUAUGUCUUCUUCUCCUAAUUCUUCAUCUAGUUAUGUUACUAGUUCUUCUCUCAAAAGAACUAGAGAAGAUGAUAGAUUCUUUGCUGACCAGGUGUCGCUGACACCAGAUACAACACUGAUACAGACGAAUGCAGAAAGUUCGAGAAAUAGGACAACAACGGCAAGAGUAACAAGAGAAAUGGGAAAUGCUGUGUAUGAAUAUAGAAGAACAGAGAGUGUGGUAAGAGAAGGAGAAGAGAAGAGAAAAUACAGAGGAGUGAGACAGAGACCGUGGGGAAAAUGGGCUGCAGAGAUAAGAGAUCCUUUCAAAGCAGCAAGAGUAUGGUUAGGAACAUUUGAAACAGCUGAAGCAGCAGCCAGAGCAUAUGAUGAAGCUGCUCUUCGUUUUAGAGGAAACAAAGCAAAACUGAAUUUUCCGGAGAAUGUUACUCUUCGUCACCCUCCUCCAACAACGUCCACUCAGUGGAAUGUUUCGAAUAUGCCGAGUUCUGUUGUUUCGAUCACAACUUCUACUGACCCUGUGGUUCAUACUCGACCUUUUUCAUAUUCACAACCUUCAACAAAUUUGUAUGAUUCUUUCCAGUUUUCGGGUAUUCCUGCUAGGAAUGUUUAUGAUGAUAAUAUGAUUAUGACUUCUUCUAUGGCUUCUCAUCUUCAAUCUUCUUCGUCGUCGUUGUCACCAGCUUCUUCUUUGUCGUCUUCUUCUUCUAUGCAGACCAAUGCUUCAGCUUCCUCGUUUUAUUCUACACCGUUUCCACCGUGGUCAGGCUCUGAUCAUAACUCUUCUUCUUCAAAAUGA